AUGUCCACAGACACAGUGAUUUCUGAACCUGGAGACAGUCAGCAUGACCAUCAACACAAGGUGGGCAGCAUCACUCCUGUGCAGCCUCAGCACUCUGCAGCUCUUCCAGUGCUGAUGUUUCCACGCUCUUCCAAAGGGCUGAAGAGGCAGAAGAGGGACUGGGUCAUUCCCCCCAUCAACUUCCCAGAGAACGACAGAGGCCCCUUCCCCAAACAGAUGGUGCAGAUCAGAUCCAGCAGGGAUAAGGAAGUGCCGGUGCAUUACAAAAUCACUGGGCCUGGGGCAGAUCAGCCCCCUGUUCAGCUGUUCAAAAUUGACCGAGACUCUGGCUGGCUCAGUGUCACACAGCCUUUGGACCGAGAGACGCAAGAUGAAUAUAAACUCUUUGUUCACGCUGAAGCAGUGGGUGCAACUACUGCGGCCGAGGAUCCCAUGGAAAUUAUCAUCUUUGUGAUCGAUCAGAACGAUAACAGACCCAAAUUCACUGAAGAAACCUUUUUUGGCGAGUUAGCUGAAGGAUCCAAAGCAGGUAGGCUCAUCUCAGGGCAAAUGUCAAACUUUCCUAAAUAUACAUUGGUAAUUAGCGCUGCUGAUAUAGAGGGGAACGGCCUCUCAACCACCUGCAAAGCAAUCAUCACAGUAACCGACAGCAACGACAACGCUCCUCAGUUUGACCCAAAUUCAUACACAGUGACUGUCCCUGAGAAUGAAGUGGGUGCCCUAGUGGUGAAAAUGCCAGUGACUGAUGGGGAUGAACCUCACACACUAGCCUGGUCAACUAAAUACAAGAUUAUUGAAGGAGACAAUGGAGGGUUCUUCAAUGUUACCACUGGACCCAGCAAGCUGGAGGGCAUUAUUACUACAGUCAAGGGCCUUGAUUUUGAGAAGAACGCAAAGUACACCUUGUUGGUCACCGUGGAGAACGAUUCCCCGUUUGUCACCAAUCUGCCCACCUCCACUGCCACAGUUAUUGUGAACGUGAAGGAUGUGAACGAGGCUCCAGUGUUUAAUCCAGUCGAAGAGGUGGUCAUUAAACCAGAGAACCUGGAAACUGGUGCUGACAUAAUUGCAUAUACAGCAACUGACCCUGACACGGCAAGAAAUCAGAAAGUGUGGUAUAAAUCGGGCAAUGAUCCAGCUGGAUGGCUGAACGUCAGUGAAGAGACUGGACUUAUCAAAGUGAGGAGCCCCAUGGAUAGAGAAUCUCCCUUUGUCAAAGGGGGCAGAUACCGGGCCCUCAUCCUUGCCAUUGAUGACGAUGAAGUCCCUGCAACGGGAACCGGGACUCUGCUGAUUGAGCUGGAAGAUGUAAAUGACAACGCUCCCACAAUCGAGGAGAGGGUGAUCACGAUCUGUAACCGAGAAUCUCAGCCCGUGACGCUGUCCGUCACUGACCGAGACGGGCCUGGAUUCACCUCCCCUUUCCGGGUGGAUCUACAGGGAGUGAGCGCGAAGAACUGGACCGCUCGCAUGAAUGGCACAAAGACGGGCAUAAUACUAGGACUGAAAAUCUUUUUGGACCAGGCUGACUACAACGUUGUACUCCGUGUAUAUGACAACAACGGACUGUUCCAGGAAAACACUGUCCUUGCAAAAGUGUGCGACUGCAAAGCAAAUGACUACUCGUGCGCCAUUAAUGCUGUGGCCGGUGUAGUCCUGCCAGGAAUUCUGGGAAUUUUGGGAGCGGUCCUGCUUUUACUCUGA